AUGGAUCCCAAUUCCGCCUUAUCACAUGCGAACGACCUUCUCGCGCGCGCGGAAACCUCAGGCCGCCCGCCGGUGUACAAGGCCGUCGGUGUGUCGCUGGCUGUCGCAUCGGGCGUCUUCAUCGGUAUCUCGUUCGUGGUGAAGAAAGUCGGGCUGCUGAAGGCGAACGUGAAGUACAAUGAGGAGGCCGGUGAGGGAUAUGGAUAUCUCAAGAAUUUCUGGUGGUGGACUGGCAUGACGUUAAUGAUUUUUGGAGAGAUCUGCAACUUCGUGGCGUAUGCAUUUGUCGAUGCGAUUUUGGUUACGCCGCUUGGUGCACUCUCGGUUGUGAUUACGACGAUUCUGUCGGCGAUUUUCCUCAAGGAACGACUUAGUUUCGUGGGGAAGGUUGGCUGUUUCUGUUGUAUUAUUGGAUCAGUGACUAUUGCUAUGAAUGCGCCUGAGCAGUCGUCUGUCAAGGAUAUUCAGAGCAUGCAGCAUUUUGUUCUCCAGCCUGGGUUUCUGGUCUAUGCUGGGCUGAUCAUUAUUGGGGCUGCUUUCACUGCUCUUUGGGCUGGUCCACGCUAUGGAAAGUCUAGCAUGUUUGUUUAUAUCAGUAUUUGCAGCAUGGUUGGUGGAUUGAGUGUUGUGGCUACCCAGGGCCUGGGGUCUGCCAUUCUCGCUCAGAUUAAUGGCGAGGAGCAGUUCAAGCAUUGGUUCCUCUAUGUCUUGUUUGUGUUUGUUAUCGGGACACUGCUAACUGAGAUUAUUUAUCUCAAUAAAGCUCUUAAUCUUUUCAAUGCCGCUCUGGUCACCCCGACUUACUACGUGAUGUUCACCAGCGCCACGAUUAUCACUUCCGCCAUUCUGUUCCAGGGCUUCAAGGGUACGGGAAUCCAGAUUGCAACUGUGAUCAUUGGGUUCUUGCAAAUUUGUGCCGGUGUGGUAUUGCUGCAGCUAUCCAAGUCUGCCAAGGACGUCCCCGAUGCUGCUAUUUUCAAGGGCGAUCUGGAUCAGAUUCGAGAGGUUGCCGAGGUAGAAGAACCCGAAUCUGAGCCCAAGGCAGACUCCAUUCGUGGUGCGGCCUCUAUCAUUCGUCGCAUUUCAACUGCUCGCCGCACUAUGGAGACAGAUGAAGCGCGCCGUUUCUUCCAUGACAAGCAUGAGGAUACCCUGAAAGUGCCAGGUGAGAAUGAGAUAAUUGAAUGGGAUGGCCUGCGCCGGCGCAAGACUGUAAUUGGCGAGGGACCAACUAUGUCACGACCAAUCACUCCACGAACACCCUCGGUCAAACACCAACAUCCACCGUGGGGCAUGUCGCGAUUUCCUGCUGUUGAGGAUGAGGAGAACCACCGACCUAACACCAAGCAAAGCGGUCAUUCUUUCAUGGAUAGCAUUCGGUCUCGGGCUACCAGCGUGCUUCACCCUUCCCAAUGGAAAGCUGUAAAUACAGAAGACGAGAAAAGUUCCAACAGCAACACACAAUCGGUGGGAAUGACAGACAUGGCAUACCAAAGUGGCAAUGCUGACACCGAAUACCAUGGUGCCGGUAUGGCUGGAGGUUUGGAGACUCCAUUCAACGCAAACCGUCCGCGUAGUGAUACGCCGCGGUCAAUAUCAUGGGCAGACGAAAAGGCCGAAUCCCUGGCACCGGAACCCCUCGCCAACACUGCCCGUCGGCAGUUCUCUUUCAACAACAUGAUGGGGCGUAUGAAGACCGACAGCGAAUCUUCCGUCAAACCCACACCGGGUUCGCCGCCCCGUGGUAUCCUACGCCGAACUCACCUAGAAGCCGAUAUGCGCAAGUCUGCAACUGAGGAAGAAUCACUCGGUCUCGUCCACGGCGACUCACGCCGUUCACGGCCAGAAGAGCUCGUAAACGAAAAGCUAGACCGAUGGUCCAGCGCCGAGUCAGAACUUGGUGAGCCCCAGCCCAUGUUUGCAGGCCGGUCACACGGCAACUCCGUGUCUAGCAACGUGUCCACUGCCGCAUUUCCCGCCUACGAGGAUAAUCACCACCACUACUCCGAGUCCAACAACCCCUACUAUCUCCCGCACAACCGACAAGCCACCUCGUCCCCAGAACCUCUCUCCCACGAGGAAGAGGGCUGGAAACACCCUUCAUCGAAGGGUAGCGGUAGUAGAACUCGCACACGGACAACCUCUUCUGUCCAUGCCCAUUCUCGCGCCCCACCUCCCUCCCAAUCCUCCUUCUCUACCCACCGUCAUCCAAACCCCCUCCCUCCCCUCCCUGAUAUCACCCCUACCACCACCCUCGAUCUCAUGCCCACCACAAUCAAUGCAUCGGUCUUGAGAUCAGUCUCUUCGGAAUCCGAUAUGGUAACGACCCUCUCCAGCGAGAUAGAAGACCCCAAUGACCCCCCGCCUGCCUACCCGACUCGCCAACAGAGCGGCUGGCGUCGCCAUAUGUCUGACAACAGCAGCCAUGAUGGCGAGACGUAUGCCACACGCGGAGGUAGGGGAAAUUCAUUCAGGUGA